UUUACGAAAGGUUCGUUUAGCUACAUUAGCUACUGAUUUAGUUACAAAUAGUUACUAGCCCUUAUGUUUUACUUUAACCCUACCGAAUUAUCUGACCAAUUACAGUUUACGUUUUAUUCCAUUUUCUUAAAGUGGUUAUUCUUAUUAAGAUGGCAAUCAAUUAUAUUCGCUGCUUGAACUCUUGGUACCAUAGACUGUAAAAUGUUGGUACGUUGCUGUAGUAAACGAGCCAAUCAAAAAUGGCUUUUGUGUGACGUCAAGUGGCAAUCGGAUUUCUCAUUGGCCAGAGAGCUUCAGUCGCUGCUCGACAGCAUUGUUUGAAUUCGUGCGUGAUAGAGGAUUUUACAGCUACGGGAUUCAGCGCUGACUAAUGCUGAUAUAACCUGAUAUUGUCUGGACAUGCGGCACAAUAAAUCAGCUCGCAAGCGAAAGCCAUCGACCCCCAGGCGUAGAUCUCCACCUGCCCCUCCUCCUCCUCCAGCGUCACCAUCCACGUCCAGAACCCGCCGCACCAGCGGACCCUCCGAGGCAUCCCCACACAAGAAGCGCAGGUUUCGACCUGGCACGCGCGCUCUCAUGGAGAUACGCAAAUAUCAGAAAUCCACAGAUCUGUUGCUGCGCAAGGGCCCGUUUUCACGACUGGUACGAGAAGUGUGUCAGACAUUUAGUCGAGAGAGCUUAAUGUGGCAGGGGUAUGCUCUAAUGGCUUUACAGGAGGCUGCAGAAGCAUUUAUGGUUCGUCUGUUUGCCGAUGCCAAUCUCUGUGCGAUUCAUGCCAAGAGGGUGACAUUGUUUCCACGUGAUAUACAGCUUGCUCGGCGAAUCAGAGGCAUUGAAAACCUUUAAUUUUUCCCGUUUUUCAUUUGAAGAACAUGGAAGGACACUUUGUAUAUUUCAUGAACUUUCCAUAUUUCAGUUUUUUUUCAGACCUCAAUGUUAUAAAAAUUGAAUAGCCUACAUGUGACCAAGAAUACAAGAUGUUUGUCUUGAAUUGAAGCAUGUUCAUGAUGACACGUGAACUAAUUUUAAACCGUUUUUAUUGUAAAAUAUUUAAAAUGUUGUUAAGUUACAAAGAAGAGGAUGCAUGUUAAACAGUUGUUUUGUAGUACUGCUGAUUAUGUUAUUGUUGACAGUUGUUUGUACAGGAAACUUCACAUUGUUUUUAGUUUGAUUGUUUUAACUUCAUUUCAAUAAUAAAAUAUAUGCUAAACCACCA